AUUGAAUUAGGAGCCUGCAUGGGCCACCCCCCCCCAACCCGUUCCGCCUGAUGAGGUUUCUGGCUGCGGGCCACCAGGCUUCCAGUCAAAGGCCGGAGCUUCCUGGCCUACUGAGGUUCAAAUCUUGCUCCCUCUCGAACAAAGCCUCCCGCCACCUCAGGCCUGAUGUGAACAGUGGGUGCAAGGCUGUUAUCGCCCAGGGCCACGGGGAACACCUGGGCCAGGCUGGGGGGCGGUGCAGAAGCUUGGCUUGGGAAAAGAAAGAUGGGGGCCUGGGAUGGAGGCCUGCUAAGGCAAAUGCUGUGGGGAGGAGCCCCGCACCCAAGACCGAGGGGAGCAGUCAUGAUGUGGCCCCCGUUCCUGCUGACCCUGGAUGUGUGGGGUCCGCUGGCGUCCAUGGUCUGCACUGGACAUAAACCCAGCGUGCUUGUUUUGACAACCGACUUCAUCCUUGAGGAUUGAGUGGGGAUCAGGGAAGGGGGGUGGGCCCCUGGCCAGACCUGGAGGGAAGGGCAGGAAUUGAAGCAAGGGGAGCCAGGCCAGAGGUCCUUGCAGGAAUGUCUGAGGUCAGCCCGCUCCCCUUUUUCAUGCCUCCUUUCAGCAGGAGGGCCUGCCCGGGAAAGGAGCUGGGAGGGAUGGCUCGGCUUGGGGUGUGUGUGCAGCCUUCUUGGGGUGGGAUGGAGACCGCUGUUGGUAGGAUCCCUCUCAGUGUCUCUGUGCUGGUAAACAGCUCAGGUCGUGAAAGGAUGUAGCUGUGUUUCUCAGCGUUUAGGCAGUAAGACUGUGUCUGACAGAGUUUUGGUGGUUUUUGACUCUGUCGAGGGAACAGGAUGUAAUGACUGUCUUCAUGUUCCAAGGUGUUUGUGGGUGUAACCUGCAGCAAUCUGUGUGGAGUGUGGCCCUGUAAGGGCAGCUCGCGGUGAGGGUGGGGGGGGGGGUCCCAGGCUGUUGAGGGUGUGAGUCUCUGGGUAUUAGGAAACACCUAACACCUGCGUGGGGUAGGUGUGUUGACCAGCUAGAUCUCCAGAUGUCCAGGAGGUGGCACUCCUGUAUGUGUAUGGUGUAUGGAGUGUAUUCAUGGUGCUGGUCUUGGACUUUUGGGGUAUCUGUGGGUGAUAUGGAGUGUGGCUAGUGGGCUUUCUCAGAGUAGGGAUUGUGUGGGUCUCCGUGCUGAGACUGGAUCUCCCAGCACUUUCUCACGGGAAUGCAUUUCAGCGUUGUUGAGAGCAAUUAAAGCAAGUAACAAUGGGGGCACCUCUGGGGGUCAUGGAGGUGACACAGUCACAGUGCAUUCAGGUGUAUGACAAUGGCCUACCCCAAAGCUCUGAGGAACAUGGCUACUGCUGAGCUGGAGACAGGCUGACGGUAUCUGGUCUUAGGGUGUUAAGAGAUAUGAUGGUGUGUAAGUGUAAGAUGUGUGUGUAUGUGUGCCCUUCCUUCUCAGGGCAGGAUGUGAGGCUGCAGUUGUGUGUCUCAGGAGAGAGUCCCUGAUCACCUGACCUCUUGGUUCCCCUGCCCCUCUUCAGCCUCCUCCCCUGCCCCCCUCCCCCAGGGUAUGACUUGCUGCUGGCCCUGGCUGGAGCUCUAAGCCCCUGUGUAAAUAGUGGGCGAGUCUCCUGGCCAGGCUGGGCCUGACCCAAGUUGGUCCACAUGAGGCACUGCCCACCACCACCGACCCAGCAUCCACGAAGGCUUUGGCAGGGCAAGAGGGUGUUGUGGACCCCAAACAGGGUUAGCCCCCGACCUCACAGUUCCUGUGGGGGCAGAGGCACCCCCUGCAGCCGCCCCAGUGCACCGCCCUGGGCGAUGCUCACAUUUUCCAGUGUUUAGAUUUUAUCCGCUUUAUUAAUGAGGCAGGCGAAAGGCCCGCGCCUGGGGGGAGGGGAGGAAGAGGGCUACUCCCGCCCUGCCAGGGGGAGGGGGUCAUGGGGAACCAGGCCAACUCCCCAGGAGCCCCCUUCCUGAUGGGGCAGCUGGGGUCCAGAGUGGCCCCUGCCCACUGCCAGGAGCACAGAGGGGUCUCUGUCACUUGGGGGGGGGGGCUGUGGGCGCAAGAUGGCUGGAGCGGCCCCUGGAGGCCAGAGCGGGCAGCGGGAGGAGGCAGGGAUCCGAGGAGCCGCCCCAGGAGGGAGGGAAAGGGAGCGGCCAGGCCUGCCAGAGAGCUCUAGUGCAGCGGGCGUGGGUGCAGCAGGCAGCAGGCGAUGGGGACCUGGAGUCCCAAGCUGUGUGGCAUCUGACAUGAGUCUCUGCGGGCCCCUCAACCUGAGCCUGGCUGGCGAGGCGACCACAUGUGCGGAGCCCGGGGCUCUCAACGCGUCGGCUGGGCCUCCCUCCGGCCGGGCAGGCACGUCGCCAGCGCUGCCCAUCUUCUCCAUGACCCUGGGCGCCGUGUCCAACGUGCUGGCGCUGGCGCUGCUGGCGCAGGCCACGGGCCGCCUGCGGCGCCGCCGAUCGGCCGCCACCUUCCUGCUGUUUGUCGCCAGCCUUCUGGCCACUGACCUGGCAGGCCACGUCAUCCCCGGGGCGCUGGUGCUGCGCCUGUACGCGGCGGGCCGCUCGCCGGCGGGUGGCGCCUGCCACUUCCUGGGAGGCUGCAUGGUCUUCUUCGGCCUGUGCCCGCUGCUACUGGGCUGCGGCAUGGCCGUGGAGCGCUGCGUGGGCGUCACGCGGCCGCUGCUGCACGCGGCGCGCGUCUCCACCGCCCGCGCGCGCCUGGCGCUGGCCGCGCUGGCCGCCGUGGCUUUGGCGGUGGCGCUGCUGCCCCUGGUGCGCGUGGGCCGCUACGAGCUGCAGUACCCCGGCACGUGGUGCUUCAUCGGCCUGCGCCCGGCGGGCGGGUGGCGCCAGGCGCUGCUCGCCAGCCUAUUCGCCGGCCUCGGCCUGGCGGCGCUGCUCGCCGCGCUCGUGUGCAACACGCUCAGCGGCCUGGCCUUGAUGCGCGCCCGCUGGCGCCGCCGCUCUCGACGCCGUCCUCCUGCAUGUGGCCCCGAUGGCCGCCGUCUCCGGGGGGCGCGCGCGCCCCGCUCAGCCUCAGCUUCGUCCUCCUCGUCCGUCGCUUCGGUCCCCGGCGGCUCCCCGGGCCGUGGCUCAGCGCGCCGAGCCCGCGCUCACGAUGUGGAGAUGGUGGGCCAGCUCGUGGGCAUCAUGGUGGUGUCGUGCAUCUGCUGGAGCCCGCUGCUGGUGUUAGUGGUGAUGGCCGUCGGGGGCUGGGGCUCCAGCUCCCUGCAGCGGCCGCUGUUUUUGGCCGUGCGCCUCGCUUCAUGGAACCAGAUCCUGGACCCCUGGGUGUACAUCCUGCUGCGCCAGGCGGUGCUGCGCCAACUGCUUCGCCUCCUGCCCCCGAGGGCCGGCACCAAGGGCAGCCCUGCGGAUCUGGGCCUAAACAGGAGCGCCUGGGAGGCCAGCUCGCUGCGCAGCUCCAGGCACAGUAGCCUCAGCCACCUGUAGGCGAGCCAGGAGUCCCAGCGGCUAAGUCAGACUACCCCGGGCCGGGCCCAGGACCGCAGCGCGGAGCCUUCGGGGGAAUAAAGUCCUUUUGAGGACCUGCGCGCGGGGCAUGUGUCGGGUCGGGGCUGCGGCAACCCUGUGACCAGGCGGGGGCGAUAGAGGCGCCGCCUGAGCCUCCGGGGUGUGCAGUUCCGGGACUCUCCAUGCAGAGGCGCAGAGACGCCACACGAGGAGCUGGAGCCGCUGGAGCCGCUGGAGCAUGCGCAGAAUUUGCCACGGCUCCAGCCCCAGAGCCCUGGUUGUCUCCAGGAGCAGCUGAGUCGGAACCCUCGGCGCUUUGCGCUCCUGCCGCCGACAGGGCUGACCCCAGCAACAGUUCUCUCAUUGUGGCCCUGCUCCUCUAACACAUCCCCAAGGCCACCAAACCACACCCAUUAAGGGCCUCAAACUCCAGUGCCCAUAAACACAGCUCCCAACCCUUUCCCAUCUCGCCUGCCCAUGCCCAGAGUGCCCACCUCCCCCUAACCCUCAUCAAGUGACCCCCCGCCCCGUACCAUAACCCAGGGCAUCUCCCCGUCACUCCUUAUGCCCCUGGCCACCCACCGGAUCUGCACCCACCAACUCUCCCCAUUUCCAAGUACACGAGCUCCUGCCCCGCCCCCCAUGCCACCACUA